UUGGCAGCAUGCCUGACAAACAUAUCCGGUCCUAGUCUUUACGCUUCUUCCAUUUCCACGACCAUAUAUCUCUGGCUCUGGCUCUGCCUCUGCCUCUGGCUCUGUAGAAAUGGAUAAUCAUUACCCUCAUGAAAACCCUAAUCUCAAACCUAGUUAUAAUUACACACAUCUAACCGAUGGUACCAUUACAGAUCCUUUCUCCUUGGAUUUUGAGUUGUUGCAGUAUCUGAUGCUUGCUGAACAUGGGAUUCAUGAUGACCACGAUUCGACGCCGCAAAUUAUUAGAAAGGCAUCAUCGGAAAAUAUGAUCAUGAUUGAGAAGGGCUCGGCCGAAUCCCUCACCGGUGCAACAUCAAGAAAUAAUAGCAUAUGCAGAAAUAUUGGGGUGAAGAAGGCAGCCGAGAAGAUGGGUGUGGGUCAUCGAGUUGCAUUUAGAACCAAAUCGGAGCUGGAGGUGAUGAAUGAUGGGUACAAAUGGAGGAAGUACGGAAAGAAGUCUGUCAAGAGCAGCCCAAACCCGAGGAAUUAUUACAAAUGUUCAAGCGGAGGAUGCAACGUGAAGAAGAGGGUGGAGAGGGAGAGAGAAGACCCAAGCUACGUGAUAACUACAUACGAGGGAGUUCACAACCAUGACACCCCCACCUCUGAUCAUCUGCUCUAUUACAACCACACGCCUCGUAUGCUCUCGUCUGCCUGCCGGACUAAUUUGCUACCUACUACUACGUAUUACAAUAAUAAUAAUUCCUCUCGCUCUUCUUCUUCUUCCUGAUCUCAUCCAUCCGUCCAUCCAUCCCUAUAUAUUAUAUAUAUAAGCCUUUUUCUUGCUUAGUACGUGUACGUUCUAAUUAUAAAUCGAAGCGUCGAGUCUGAACAAUGACACUCUCUGUAGCAUUCACGUUGCAUAGAAAUUGAAGUAGCUAUACUACUUAGAUAAAGGAUGGGGGCGGCUCAUGUAUAGGAUCGAUUUUGGAGGAUUUACAGCCAUUUUGUAUUGUGUUGGAAGUAGGCUGUCCAUAUGCAUUAAUUUGGGCUCCAAUCUUAUAAUGAAUGAAUUGCAUGAGAUAUUGGGCCUUCUCUCAGCUUCAAGUUUGUGGGUAUGCCACAGGACUUGGACAGCAGACUCAUGUAUCUCUUGCUCACUUGCUCAGCAUCGUUAUUGGUUUCUCA